AAAAAAAAGUAUGAAGAAAGUGAGGUUAUUUGUAUUUAGUUUCGGUUUUAAGCAGUUUUAAGGUAUUUAUGCGGAAAUGGAUAAUUUAAAAGUAUUGUGUUCCAAGUUGAUUAAAUUGAGAGUAGAUCACAUUGUAACAAGAUCAGCGAAAUUUACAGUAAAAUACAGACCUCCUCAUUGGUAUGCACCCAAAGUGAAUGUGGUGAAGGAUGAUGACUUAACACAAGAUAACAUGCAAUUCAUAAAAGAAGUAAUUAGUGACAGAAAUGAUUCUCAGCAAGAAUUAGAAUCACCAUUGGUCCAAAGUAUAUCUCAUACUUCUCAGCAAUGGCUGCCAACAACUCGAAGGGUUGGCUUAAUAGCACGUAAAAUAGGCAACUAUCCCGUUUGGUCUAAUAACGGCAAGAAAAUGCAGACAACAUUACUUCAGGUGGUUGAUAACCAUGUUAUAAAAUAUAUACCACCAGAAGAAUUUAAGCCAAUGCUGACCACCGAACGUAACUGGCGAGAAAAAAGAAAAUUAGGCUGUAUGUUAGUAGGAUCUGAAACAAUAAAUCCCUCUACAGUUACAAAGGACUAUUGUGGUCUAUUUAACAGUGUUGGCAUGCUACCGAAAAGACACUUGCGCAGAUUCAUGGUUUCGCCAGAAGCUGCUCUUCCUACUGGGACACCAUUAUUUGCUACACAUUUUAGAGUUGGCGAUUAUAUAGAUAUACGAGCAAAAACGAUUGAUCGAGGUUUUCAGGGCGUUAUGAAACGGUGGGGUUUCAAGGGAAUGCCCGCAUCGCAUGGAGUUACCAAGACUCAUCGACGUCCAGGGAAUAUAGGUUCCGGGGGUGAAAAAGCCCGUGUAUGGCCUGGAACCAAAAUGCCAGGUCACAUGGGAAAUAGAUGGAGAAUAAUUCGUGGGGUAAAAAUACUUCGAGUUAAUACAAAAUACAACGUUUUGUGGACAUUGGGAGUUGCCAUUCCUGGUGAAACUGGGGCAAUGUGUUAUUUAUUUGAUACGGUUCUUCCUCUUCGUAAACUGAAAAGUAGUCCACCAUUUCCCACAUAUUUUCCCUCCGAUGAUCUUCCCGUCGAAUAUUAUGAUGAAUGUGUUCAUCCCUUUUCCGAUCCAACUUUAACAUUUGAAGAAACAUAAUUAGGAAACUUAUAUUGAUAAUGUAAUUAAAUAUAGAUUAAAAUAAAUUGGCUUACGC